AUGAACGGCACUGAGGGUAAGAACUUCUACAUCCCCAUGUCCAACCGGACGGGGCUGGUCAGGAGUCCCUAUGAGUACCCGCAGUACUACCUGGCAGAGCCAUGGCAGUUCAAGAUGCUCGCCGCCUACAUGUUUUUCCUCAUCUGCUUCGGCUUCCCCGUCAACGGCCUGACGCUGGUGGUCACCGCCCAGCACAAGAAGCUCCGCCAGCCCCUCAACUUCAUCCUGGUCAACCUGGCUGUGGCCGGCCUGGUGAUGGUCUUAUUCGGCUUCACCAUUACCUUCUACACUGCCAUCAACGGCUACUUCGUGUUCGGGCCCAUGGGCUGUGCCAUCGAGGGUUUCAUGGCUACCCUGGGAGGCCAGGUGGCUCUCUGGUCCCUGGUGGUGCUGGCCAUUGAGAGGUACAUCGUGGUCUGCAAACCUAUGGGCAGCUUCAAGUUCACCUCCACCCAUGCCAUUGCUGGCAUUGUUUUCACCUGGAUCAUGGCCCUCAGCUGUGCAGCACCACCCCUCUUUGGCUGGUCCAGGUACCUCCCUGAGGGCAUGCAGUGCUCCUGUGGACCCGAUUACUACACUCUGAACCCUGACUACAAUAAUGAGUCCUACGUCAUGUACAUGUUCACCUGCCACUUCAUGGUCCCCGUCUUCAUCAUCUUCUUCACAUACGGAAGCCUCGUCUGCACAGUCAAGGCGGCUGCUGCCUCCCAGCAGGACUCUGCUUCCACACAGAAGGCUGAGAAGGAAGUCACACGCAUGGUCAUCCUGAUGGUCCUGGGUUUCCUGGUUGCAUGGACCCCUUAUGCCAGCUUUGCUGCCUGGAUCUUCAUGAACAAAGGCGCAGCCUUCUCUGCCCAAAGCUAUGCCAUCCCAGCCUUCUUCUCCAAGAGCUCAGCCUUGUUCAACCCCAUCAUCUAUGUGCUGCUAAAUAAACAGUUCCGUAACUGCAUGCUGACCACCCUCUUCUGUGGAAAGAACCCAAUGGGAGAUGAUGAGUCUUCCUCUGUAUCAUCUGCAAGCAAGACAGAGGUGUCUUCUGUUUCUCCAGCAUAG